AUGAAGGCGAUUGUUCACGCUGGGGAGGCUGGGGAGGCGGUCUUGGUCAUCGAUCGCCCCAUCCCCAAGCUACGACCUGGAUAUAUACUGGUCGACGUCAAGGCGGUGGCGCUGAAUCCCACCGACCACAAGCAUCUCGACAAUUGGCAUCACAAGGGUGCGCUAGUGGGUUGCGACUUUGCCGGGGUGGUGAGCAAAGUAGGUAGCGGCUAUUCGAAAGAGUGGAAAGUGGGCGAUCAUAUCUGUGGCUUCGUACAUGGUUCGAACGAACUCGAAUUCGAAGAUGGCGCAUUCGCGGAGCAGAUCGUAGUCAAAGCCGAUGUCGGGCUACGGAUCCCGGACAACCUGUCCUUCGAGGAGGCUUCCACGCUCGGGGUAGGCGUCAUCACUGUCGGACAAGCCCUCUUUAUGGAGAUGGGACUGAAGCGUCCGAGUGCCACGGGCGCGGUUUCACCAACGGGAGAAUGCAUCUUGAUCUACGGCGGAAGCACCGCGACCGGCAGCGUAGCGAUCCAAUUUGCCAAACUCGCUGGAUUGACGCCCAUUACCGUCUGCUCGCAGCACAACUUCGAAUUCGUCAAGUCCUUGGGCGCAGCGGCGGCGUUCGACUACAAAGAUCCGGCUUGCGUCAGUCAAAUCAAGCAGUAUAUCGGCCAUGGUCGGGGUCCAAAGUAUGUAUUCGACACAGUUUCAACCGAGGCCACAGCCAAUCUAUGCGGGCAGGUAAUUGCUCCUCGGGGAUUCUGGGCGUAUGUCCUUCUUGGUACGAAAUUUCCGAGAGAAGAUGUCCGCAAGAUCUAUCCUCUAGCCUAUCUGUCCGUCGGUGAACGCCUCCAGAAAGGCACCCUCGAGUUUCCGGCUUCUCCACGCGAUUUCGUAUUCGUUUCGGAAUGGAUGCUGCUGGUAGAGGAGCUGUUGCGCAAGGGGCUGGUAAAGCCUCACCCAUCCCAAAUCGAGCACGGGUUGGAGAACAUUCUCGGUGGACUUGAGUUGAUGAGACAGGGCAAGGUCAGCGGCAAGAAGUUAGUGUAUACAGUGUGA